AUGGCUAGCACGAAGCCUCUUGUCCUCCUAACCGGAGCAACCGGUUUCGUAGGAGCACAUGUCCUCGACCAGCUCUUACGUUCAGCCAAGUACCGUGUGCUCGCACCGGUCCGCUCUACAAGCAAAGCGAACUACUUCCUCGACAAAUACGCGCAAGACAUCUCAGCAGGCAAUCUCACAUUUACCACCAACCCAGAUCUCUCCGCGCCACAUGCGCUAGACUCCACGCUCAAGGAGAACAAGAUCUCGUAUAUCAUCCACCUUGCGUCUCCAUAUUUUACGACAAGCUCUAAUCCCAUCGAAGAGUUAGUCAAGCCUGCAGUCAAUGCUACGCGCAAUGUGCUGCUGAGCGCCUUGACGUACGGCGAAGCGGAGCUAAAACGAUUGACUGUGCUCUCAUCGUUUGCAUCUGUGGUGGACAUUUCGAAAAAUCCCCGGCCAGGGUACAAAUACACCGCCGAGGAGUGGGAUCCAAUUACAGAGGAACAGGCCGCCCAGAACGGCGUCCUAGGCUACCACGCAAGCAAGACGUUCGCGGAACGCGAGGCCUGGAAACUUCACGAUGUCGGGCCCGAUGAGUGCAGCCAUCCACACAAGGCGAAAUUUGCGCUAACGACUCUGUGCCCGCCGAUGAUCUACGGCCCGCCCAUACAUUACUCGCCGGAGAAUGUCCCCAAGGAGGGCAUCUCGGGCUUGAACACCAGUACGAUGCGCCUAAUGAACGGAAUUCUCGGCAAGGACCCUCUAUUCGCCCCGAAAGUCGCCACGCCCGGCCUCCCUGCCUGGAUUGAUGUCAGAGAUACCGCAAGGGCCUGUAUAGCGACCAUUGACCUGAAAGAUGACCAAAGUGAGAGGGUUCUUCUGAGCGGGGGUGUCGACUACUAUGAGGACGGGCUGAAAGGAUUGAGGGCCAAGGGCGUUCAAGGCUUAGGCGAGCCUGGUGCGCUGGUCAAUCCCGCUAAUCACUUUUCUCUGGAUCAGAGUAAGCAACAGGAAAUCCUGGGGUUGAAGGAGACUAUUCCGUUCCAGAGGACAGUGGAGGAUACCUAUGAGGCUGUCAAAGCUUUGGGCUUGCUGUAA